AUUAAAUUAAACUUUUGGGAAGGAUGUGACCCAAUCUGACUGGACUCCUUAUAAGAAGAGGGAAUUUGGGCACACAAAGAGACACCAGGGAAGCAUGUGCAUGGAGGGACUAUCGUGUGAGACGCAGCAAGGAGCCACCUAUGAGCCAAGGAGAGAGGCCUCGGGAGAAACCAAUUCUGCCCAUACCUUGACCUUGGACUUCCAGCUUCCAGAAGGCUGGGAGAGAAAACUCAUGACCUGGCUUCUGUCCAGCUCCACAUCAGAAAUGGCAUCAAAUGAAACCCAGGACAUGGGGAACUGCACGACUGAAACCUUCAAGAGACAAUUUUACCCCAUCACCUACCUAAUCAUAUUUGUCUGGGGAUCCUUGGGAAAUGGCUUGUCCAUAUAUGUUUUCCUGCAGACUUAUAAGAAAUCCUCAUCUGUGAAUGUCUUCAUGCUCAACCUGGCCAUUUCCGAUCUCCUGUUCACAAGUACUCUGCCCUUCAGGGCUGACUACUAUUUCAGAGGCUCCAACUGGAUAUUUGGGGACCUGACCUGCAGAAUCAUGUCAUACUCCUUAUACGUCAACAUGUACACCAGCAUUUAUUUCCUGACUGUGCUCAGUGUUGUGCGUUUCCUGGCCACCGUUCACCCCUUCCGGCUUCUCCAUGUCGCCAGCUUCAGGACGGCUUGGAUCCUCUGUGGGAUCAUAUGGCUCUUUAUCAUGAUUGCCUCAGGAAUGCUGCUGAAGAGAGGCUCCGAGCCAAAGGGCGAGCUCAUAUCAUGCUUGGAUCUGGAUCCAAAAAAAAUUAACAAUCUGCUGAUCAUGAACUACGUUGCCUUGGUGGUGGGCUUCCUGCUGCCGUUCUUCACACUCACCAUCUCUUAUCUGCUGAUCAUCCGAGUCCUGUCUAAGGUGAAGCUCUCGGAAUUGGGUCUGCGGGCUUCUCACAGGAAGGCUAUGAUCACCAUCAUCAUCACCUUGAUCAUCUUCCUCCUGUGUUUCCUGCCUUAUCACUCGCUGAGGACCCUCCACCUGGUCACCUGGGAUGAGAAGGUGUGCGGGGACGGGCUGCACAAAGCCGUGGUCAUCACAUUGGCCUUGGCGGCAGCCAACACCUGCUUCAAUCCUUUCCUCUAUUACUUUGCUGGGGAGAAUUUCAAGGAUAAAUUAAGGGCUGUGUUCAGAAAAGAACACCUACAGAGGGCAACGACAAAGUGCAGCUCUCCUGUUUGUGCGUGGCUGAAAACGGAAACGAGGGUGUAAGGUCCUUAGAUGAGGCUCCUUCACGUACCAUUGUGUCCACCUUCAUUCACUCAGCAUCCAGAUGACACUGUCAUUACGUCACUCUUGACAAAUGUGAUGUCCAUGUCUUAUUAACCAUGACCUUUGUUAAUAAGACCUACUUAGGACAUUUCAUUGGGUGUAGUUUCAGUGUCUGAGUCUAAACGAUGUAGGAGGAGAAACCCCCUAGUAGAGUCUUAAAUGCUGAAAUCUCAGACUGGGGGGAAAAUGUCAAGCACAGUGGAGCCUGCUUUCCAUCAGAUUCUGUAUCCAGAUCUCUGGCCCAUCAGGCAUUCUACAUUCUUAAUUUUAAAACAUCUCUAACUUCCCCAGCAUAUCCAGCUCCCCAUCCCUAUAAAUCUUUGAGAUACAGCCCAUUACAAAUAUACCAGAGGCCCCAGAACAUCACAAGUGCAUCCCCAGAGAAGAAGUGCAUCCUAAAAUUCAGGCAGAGGCUGGGUAUGGUGGGGCAUGCCUGUAAUCCCAGUGGCUCCACAGGCUGAGGCAGGAGGAUUGUGAGUUCAAAGCCAGCCUCAGUAACUUAAUAAGGCAUUUAGCAACUCAGCGAGACCCUGUCUCUAAAUAAAAUAGAAAAAGGUCUGGGGAUGUGGGUCAGUGGUUAAGCAUCCCUGGGUUCAAUCCUGGGUACCAGAGGGGGGAGAAAAAAAGAAUUCAGGCAAAGAUAUUGUGAAGAGAAAGGAUGCCCUGUAACAGAGCAAUUACCAAGGCCCUAAACAAGGACAGUGAGAGAGAAGCAGGGGGAAGGAUUGAGGUCAGAGAGGGGAAGAGGAAUUUCAUUUUGCCCUGGGAGAAGGGUUCUUGCACAAUGAAGGCACAAGGAAUGUUUCCCUUGCCUCUUUCUUGCUCUGGGGUUAGGAAGGACAGGAGGAGUAGGAGGGGGAGCCGGGGCACUAUGUAGAGGGUGGAGAAAUUAGGCAUGGAACAGGGGAGAAGGCAGGGUCAUGGACACUAUCUGUUUUACUUUGAGACCUGGGAUUGGACUGAUGUCACUGCAAUCACUGCUCCCGCUGUGGGUUCCCUGGGAUGGGAGCCAAAGUAAAGGAGGUGAUGCUAAGGGUUUGGAUUGAGCACUCAGGGAAAGGGAGGAGUGGAAAGCCAGGUGCAAAGGCUGUUGCACCCCUGAAGUCCUGUUUAUGCUUCAGCAGGACAUGAGCAGAGAGUGGAAACUAAAGCACCUGACGUGGGAGGAGAUCCUUUCUGUCCACAGAAACCAGGCUAAGGAUCCUGCCAACCACCACCAACAACCACUACCAAGGACUCUGCACUGCCAACAGCUGAGUGCCUUCCCUGUGCCAGGCAGACUGUGCCAGGCACUUCACAUUCAUUCCCCUCCCAUCUCAACUCUGGAGGAGUUUUCAUAUCACAGAUGGAGAAAUGGGAGCUCAGAGACUUUGAGAAGUGUGCCUCAGUUUAAACAGCUAGUGAGAGUUUAAAAACCUCCCUGCAGAAGGGCUGACCAGGUACUCUACCCACUGGACCCUUGCAAACCUCCAGGGACACUUUUUGGAAGGCUGAACAGGAGCUCCCCUCUCCCACCAGGAAUAUGCUCCUCCUCAUUCUCACAAGAAAAUAAAGAUUUUUUUUCUUUGGAGUUGAUCCCUGACACAGUGGAGGGCUGGAGGGAAGUGAUGUUCUGAAACUCUGGAGCGACUAAGACAGCUUUCAUGCUAAAGUGAGGACCCAGUGCCCUUCCCUUAUUUGGUGACCAGAAUGAUGACAGACAGAUGCCUGUCAAGGCAGGACCCUGGGGCUUCUGCCUACAGGGAAACUACGCAAUCCUAGAAAAAAGGCUGACAGCGGUUGGGAAUCCUCUAGCCUCAAAGCUGGACAUCUGCUUUGUUUUCUACCUGACUUCAGAGCCUACAAUGCAGUGAAUCCCUUUCACUCACAAGAGCAUCAAAUCAACCUGUUAUGACAUCACCCCUGAUUAUGAACGGCCAUCAGUGACCACUGCACACUUGAGGAAAGGCCCUCAUGUGAAAGACACCAGCAAAUAAAUGAGAGAGUAGAUAGAGGCCUUUUCAGAAUGAAAGACCUCAACAUUUUUUAUCAUCCUUGCAUUAAUUAUGAUUACAUUUCAUUUCAUUUAUUCAUCUAUUUGCAAGUUUCAUUAUUUUUUGUUCUACUCUGCAUCUCUGAGAUUCAUCUGGGAUCUUAUCUUUUUGCCUAAAGAUCUUUCUUCAAUAGUUUUUUUUUUUUAACACAGCUUAAUAAAAUGAUGAAUUCUCUAUUUUUUCUUUAGCAAGAAAAUAUUUUCACUUUAUCUUAAUUCUGAAUUUUAUAUAUAUAUAUAAAUAUAUAUAUAUAUAUAUUAUAUUAUAU